AUGGAUGUCUUUGAAAGCUAUAAGAAGGUUGAGUGUGGCGCAGUUGGGUGCCUCUCUAGUGCUAUAGCAGCACAUACACUCGGCAGACAACUAGAAAUAAGCAGCCGCAGCAGCAGCAGCAGCAGCAACACGAGCAGCAGCAGCCGCAGCAACAACAACAACGAAAGCAGGAACAGCCGGAGCAGCAGCAACAGCAACUGCAGCAGCAACAGCCGUGGCAGCAGCAACAACAACUGCAGCAGGAAUAGUAACUGCGGAGGCAGCAGCAACUGCAGCAGCAGCAGCAGCAGCAGCAGCAGCAACUGCUGCAGCAGCAGCAGCAACUGCUGCAGCAGCAGCAGAAGGAUGGUCCUUGCUGGCUUCAUCUGCAGCAAGUCAAAGUUCUUCUCGCGGCGCCUGGUUUCUCUACUCGUUUGCUGCUGCUGCUGCUGCUGCUGCUGCACCUCCACAGCCACAGCCUCCCGCCUCUCCCUUCUGCCAGCAGCAGCAGCUGCAGCAGAGACAGCAGCAGUUAGUGCAGCAGCAAAAGCACCAGCAGCACGACCUGGAUGGGGUUUUCUUGCUGCGGAAGGAGCGCAUAGAAGAUCCCCAGCAGCAGCAACAGCAACAGCAACUGCAGCAGCAGCAGCAGCAGCAGCAACAGCUUUGACAGCAGCGUCUUCUCUUCGGUCUCCACCGGCAUUUUUGCUGCGAGGUUUAAAUUCAGGGGUCUCGACCCCCCGAAGUCUGCUGCUGCUGCAGCAGCAACAGGUGCAGCAGCAGCAGCAGCAGCAACAGGUGCUGCAUGCAAAGUGCUGCUUCGAUUUAACUCUACCCGAAGACACCAGGAAACGGCGCAGCAGGAAGGGAGCCGCACGAAAUCCGCUGAAGAGACUCCUAAAAAUACCCAGAGGGGGUUGGAGACCCAGCAGCAGCAGCAGCAGCAGCAGCAGCAGCAAAGCCAGCGGCAGCAACAGGAGCAAGAGCAGCAGCAGCAGCAGCAGCAGCAACAGCAACAGCAGCAGCACGACGGCUCUCAAUGCUCUAACACACCAAACUGAAGGCGUUGGUGAGGCAGCGGACCAAACAGCAGCAGCAGCAACAGCAGCAACAGCAGCAACAGCAGCAACACCAGCAGCAGCAGCAGCAGCAGCAGCAGCAGCAGCAAAAAUGGAGAAUUGGUCGUACGUUGACAUUGGGGCGAACCUCUGCGACCCGAUGUUUGAAGGAAAGUACUUCGACAAACAAAAACACCCCCCAGAUAUGCAAAUGGUUUUGGAGAGGGCUGCUGCAGCGAAAGUAGAAAAAUUAAUUCUAACUACGGGCGCAUUCAAUGAAUUUAAGACAAACCUCCGCAUUGCUGAGGCUUACGACCCAGAGUGUAAACGCCUCUUCCUUACUUUGGGCGUCCACCCAACACGCUGCAAUGAAUUUGCUGCUGCUCCUGCUGCUGCAGCGAGCAGCAGCAGCAGCAGCAGCAGCAAAGAUGAGUUUAAUUCAUUUGCAGCAAAAGUAGAGGGGGGCGGCCUACGGCUGGGGGAUUACCCUGCUGUGUACGUACAGCACCUGUUCGAGCUGUACAUGCUGCAGCAGCAGCAGCAGCAACAGCAGCAGCAGCAGCAGCAGCAGCGGCGGCGCGUUGUUGCAGUGGGAGAGAUAGGGUUAGAUUAUGAUCGACUCAGCUUCUGUGAUGCAGACACCCAAAAAAAGUGUUUUGAAUUUCAAUUGGCUUUAGGCCACGUGCUGCAGCUGCCUUUGUUCCUGCACAUGCGGAACGCAGCAGCAGACUUUCUUGAAAUCCUGCAACGCCGAGAAGGAUUAUGGAAGGGGAGAGGCGCAGUUGUGCAUUCGUUUACGGGCUCUGCUGAAGAGGCUAAGCAGCUCUUGGACGCGGGGCUGUACAUCGGCAUCAAUGGCUGUUCACUGAAAACAAAAGAAAACCUCGAGGUCGUUCGCCAGUUACCCCUCUCCCGCAUCCUAUUGGAAACCGAUGCUCCCUGGUGUGGAAUGAGGCCAACGCAUGCUGGUUUCGCCCUUUUGAAUCAAGAGCAGAAGUCCGCUCUAGAUGGUGUUAAGCCCGAGAAAUGGGCGAGCAGCAGCCAAGUUAAGGGACGCAACGAACCUUGCAAUAUACGGGUUGUUGGGGAAGUUGUGCGUCAGCUGGUGGCUCCGGAGCUCUCAGAGAAGGAUUUCUGUUCACAGAUAUACAAGAACACCUUGUCUGUCUUUCCACUCCUCGAAGAGGAGCAUUGA